CGACAUGAAGUUCUCCGUCGCCGCCUUCCUGGCCGCCGUGGCCGUGUCGAGCGCCAGCGUGGUGGAGCUGGAGCCGGCGCCGAGCCACUUCGGGCACGGCAAGGUGCCGCUGGUGGUGGAGCCGCUGCCCGACCCGGAGGGCCCCGAGCAGGUGCCGGUGGCCGUGCCGCUGCCGGGCAAGCCCCCUCUGCUGGCGCCGCCCUGCUGCCCGCCCUUCCGCGCGCCCGAGUGCUGCCCGCUCAUCUGCCCCGACUACUUCAAGCCCAUCUGCACCACCGACUGCAAGAAGCACCGCACCUUCGGCAACGAGUGCCUCAUGCACCUCGCCAACUGCCAGGAGGGCACCCGCUAUCGCAAGAUCUACGACGGCAAGUGCGCCCGGCCACACCCCAUCAUCCCCUACUACGACAAGGCCAUCGAGUGGUGGUGAGGAGGCGCAGCCACGCACCCACCCACCCGGCCACCAGCCCUAGGAGCCCACGUGCACCAUGUUCCAGCAGGAGGCGGCAUUCGCUGAAUCCGAGCUGCUUGCUG